UUGACGCUCGAUAGGAAGGGCUUACGUCAAACAUAAAUUUUACAACAUAAGCCCUUUUUACCGACAACCGAAAAGUAACAAGACUCGAUCUGUUAUGUAGAAUGAUCAGACAAUUAUCCAGCAUUACAUUGUUUGCAGCAGAAUUACAGCACUCUGGACGUGUUUCACUAUGAGACAGAUUGUUCUGAAUGUAAAAAGUUCUUAUAACUUGGAGCUCGCAAAUACUUGUUUACUUUGCGGUCCGCAAGUAAUUGCCUUGUAGUUGACUUUCGAACACUGGACAGACGUAAGCCUGCUCGCAAAUGUAUUUUACGAUGUACGUAAACAUGAUAGAAACACAAUAUGGCGUCACAGUCUGUUUUGAAGGUACAUGUUUUUGAAGCAAUUAGUAAGUCCUGGUCUUCGACUCUCCAUCAGCUAACCAAUCGCCUGUAUUGAGGCCACACUCACUACUUUUCCACCACCCUGCCGCCAAAUCCAGUGUCGUAUAUAAUAUUUCCCAUGUUUCGUAGUCGCUAUCAGUUUCAGCGUAGAAGAGUUCAGGAUUGUCGCACGUGCGUUUUCAUCACAAGCACGUGGACGCGUGAGACGGUCCGAUCCGAUCCCAUCCCGUGUUCGGAUGGGCGGCUCUCUGUACUAGUAGUGAUGAUACUGCUCUUCCGCACGAAUCAUCAUUACACGAGACGCUAUUUCGCAACUGGAACAACGCAGAUCGAUGGUUUUCUCCUUGAUUUCAAGUGCUUCAGAAAGUCGACCAAGAAAAAUCUGAUGCUACUGCAGACACGUCCCGAGAUUAUGCUCUGACGACUGCUUUCAAUUUUGCAGAAAUUUUACCAGAAUCUAGUAGAAUAAAGAUCAGUGUGCAGGAUGUCAGCACUAGCGAGACUUCAUGUGAUCUGUCUUCUGGUGAGUCGACUGGCCAAGACGUCCCCUCUGGAAGAAGGAGGUCUGCUCCUACAGAGCUCAGCCCCGCACAGACACACUCGCAGUGGAGGUUAUCCCAAGUUCCCAUUACAUGAGUACCCGCCCCCUACUUGCGGGACGAGAGACGUGACGCAUGAGCCUUCAAGGGCCGGCCAGGCUGCUGCUAAAAUUGUGGGGGGCUCCGUCGCCCCAUAUGGAGCGUAUCCGUGGCAGGUGGAGAUCAAGCAAUACAGAUCAGGCAAGCGUCGCUUCGAGCACCACUGUGGGGGGGCGGUGGUCGGACCACGCCUGGUGCUGACUGCUGCACACUGCUUGCAGAGUGAAGAGACCGAACAGCUGACAGUCGUGGUGGGCGACUUUCACCUGCAGGUGACGGACCAGCACGAGCAGAUCUUCAGGGUGGAACGUGCUCUCGUUCACCCUGACUUCAGGAAAGUGGGACCCUACAGUAAUGACAUCGGACUGAUCAAAGUGCAGGCGCUUAAUGACGGAGGUAUCAGCUUCAACUCUCACGUGAAGCCCAUCUGUCUGCCGGAGCUGCAGACGAAGAGUGCAGCAGGUUCCUGGUGCUCGGUGACGGGCUGGGGCGCUCAGAGGCCCGAAGACGUCGACAGCAGCCUGUCUCAGGUCCUGCAGGUAGCAGCAGUGCCCCUGUUGGAUCUGAACACGUGCCGUAGAGACGAUGUGUACGGCGGUCGGCGUCAGUCUAUCCUGGACAGCAUGCUGUGUGCGGGGAGACUGGAGGGCGGGGUGGAUGCCUGUGGCGGAGACUCUGGUGGGCCCCUUGCAUGCGAGAUCAACGGACGCUUUGUGUUGGUGGGUAUCGUGUCCUGGGGUGAUGGUUGUGCCCAGAGGAACCGUCCGGGAGUUUACACCCGAGUUUCUCAUUAUGUGGAAUGGAUUAAGGCUGCCAAAGAAACUCUUGGGGCGUAGCGAUUGUCACAUAUUAAGCUGCCCCACCAAUGAUCUCAGGACUUAGUGUAAAUAAGCCUUUUCGAGUUAUUUCACCUUCAAAUAAAUAUAACAGUCAAUGUCUUAUGAACGACUA